CAGCCUCCCCGAGGACAUCCAGAGCCCACCAUCUUUUGGAAGAAAGACAAAGUUCGAAUUGAUGACAGGGAAGAGAGAAUAAGUAUCCGUGGUGGGAAACUGAUGAUUUCGAACACUAGAAAGAGUGAUGCAGGCAUGUAUACCUGUGUUGGCACAAACAUGGUGGGAGAAAGAGACAGUGAUCCAGCAGAACUGACCGUCUUUGAGCGACCCACUUUCCUCAGACGACCAAUUAACCAAGUGAUACUGGAAGAAGAAGCUGUUGAAUUUCGAUGUCAGGUCCAGGGAGAUCCUCAACCAACUGUAAGAUGGAAGAAGGAUGAUACAGACUUACCAAGAGGAAGAUUUGACAUCAAAGAUGAUUACACAUUGAGGAUUAAAAAGGCCAUGAGUUCAGAUGAGGGCACCUAUACAUGCGUGGCUGAGAAUCGGGUUGGAAGAGUGGAAGCAUCUGCUACCCUCACUGUUAGAGCUCGUCCUGUUGCUCCUCCCCAGUUUGUGGUUAGGCCAAGAGAUCAGAUUGUAGCUCAAGGUCGAACAGUUACAUUUCCCUGUGAAACCAAAGGAAACCCUCAGCCAGCUGUUUUUUGGCAGAAAGAAGGCAGCCAGAACCUGCUUUUCCCAAACCAGCCUCUACAACCCAGCAGCAGAUGUUCAGUGUCACCAACUGGAGAUCUUACUAUUACAAACAUUCAGCGGUCUGAUGCAGGCUACUAUAUUUGUCAGGCCUUAACUGUUGCAGGAAGUAUUUUAGCAAAGGCCCAGCUGGAAGUUACUGAUGUUUUGACAGAUAGGCCUCCACCUAUAAUUCUACAAGGCCCAGCCAACCAGACAUUAGCAGUAGACGGUACAGCCCUGCUGAAAUGUAAAACCACGGGUGAUCCUCUUCCUGUUAUUAGCUGGUUAAAGGAAGGAUUCACUUUUCUGGGUAGAGAUCCAAGAACGUCUUUACAAGAACAAGGAACGCUGCAGAUUAAGAAUUUACGUGUUUCUGAUACUGGCACUUACACAUGUGUGGCUACAAGUUCAAGUGGAGAGACGUCAUGGAGUGCUGUGUUAGAUGUAACUGAAUCGGGAGCAACAAUCAGUAAAAAUUAUGAUUUAAAUGAUCUGCCUGGAUCACCAUCCAAACCUCAGGUCACUGAUGUCAGUAAGAACAGUGUCACCCUGUCCUGGCAACCAGGCAGCCCUGGAAGCCUCCCAGCUAGUGCAUAUAUCAUUGAGGCCUUUAGCCAAUCAGUGAGCAAUAGCUGGCAAACUGUGGCAAACCAUGUAAAGACAACACUGUAUACUGUAAGAGGACUGCGACCUAAUACAAUCUACUUGUUCAUGGUGAGGGCUAUCAACUCUCAGGGUCUUAGUGACCCUAGCCCCAUGUCCGAUCCUGUGCGCACACAAGAUAUAAGCCCACCAGCUCAAGGAGUAGAUCACAGACAAGUGCAGAAAGAACUGGGGGAUGUCAUUGUACGUCUUCAUAACCCUGUUGUGUUGACUCCUACCACAGUUCAAGUCACGUGGACUGUUGAUCGUCAGCCCCAAUUUAUACAAGGCUAUCGAGUCUUGUAUCGCCAGACAUCAGGCCUUCAAUCUCCAUCAACAUGGCAAAACUUAGAUGCUAAAGUACCUACAGAACGCAGUGCUGUUCUAGUUAAUCUAAAAAAAGGCGUGACUUAUGAAAUUAAGGUUCGACCAUAUUUUAAUGAAUUUCAAGGAAUGGACAGUGAAUCAAAGUCAGCCCGUACUACUGAGGAAGCUCCAAGUGCUCCUCCACAAUCUGUCACAGUACUGACAGUUGGAAACCACAAUAGCACGAGUAUCAGUGUUUCCUGGGACCCUCCUCCUCCAGAUCAUCAAAAUGGAAUUAUCCAGGAAUAUAAGAUCUGGUGCUUGGGAAAUGAAACUCGGUUUCAUAUCAACAAAACGGUGGAUGCAUCAAUUCGAUCGGUGGUGAUUGGUGGAUUAUUCCCAGGCAUUCAGUAUCAGGUAGAGGUUGCAGCAAGCACCAGUGCAGGAAUUGGUGUGAAAAGUGAUCCACAGCCCAUCAUAAUUGGGGGACGUAAUGAAGUCGUCAUCACUGAAAGUAACAACAGCAUAACUGAACAAAUAACAGAUGUGGUGAAGCAGCCAGCAUUUAUAGCUGGCAUCGGAGGUGCAUGCUGGGUAAUUCUGAUGGGUUUCAGCAUCUGGCUGUAUUGGCGCAGAAAGAAGAGAAAGGGGCUCAGCAAUUAUGCUGUCACUUUUCAAAGAGGCGAUGCAGGACUAAUGAGCAAUGGAAGCCGACCAGGGUUACUAGACGCCAGUGACCCCAGUUAUCCUUGGCUUGCAGACUCUUGGCCAGCUACCAGUUUGCCUGUGAACAAUAGCAGUAGUGGGCCGAAUGACAUUGGAAAUUUUGGUCGUGCAGAUGUGCUGCCACCAGUGCCAGGCCAAGGAGAUAAAACCGCUACUAUGCUUUCUGAUGGAGCCAUUUAUAGCAGCAUAGACUUCACCACCAAAACAACUUAUAACAGUUCAAGCCAAAUAACACAAGCGACACCAUAUGCCACCACACAGAUCCUACACUCCAACAGCAUUCAUGAAUUGGCUGUAGAUCUGCCUGAUCCUCAGUGGAAAAGUUCAAUUCAGCAGAAAACAGACUUGAUUGGAUUUGGCUAUUCUCUUCCGGAUCAAAACAAAGGUAACAACGGUGGGAAAGGUGGAAAAAAGAAGAAAAAUAAAAACUCUUCUAAACCCCAGAAAAACAAUGGAUCGAACUGGGCUAAUGUCCCACUACCUCCUCCUCCAGUCCAGCCCCUUCCUGGCACAGAGCUAGAACACUAUGCAGCAGAUCAGCAGGAAGCUGGCUAUGACAGUGAUGGCUGGUGUCCACCAUUACCAGUUCAAACAUAUUUACAUCAAGGCAUGGAAGAUGAACUAGAGGAAGAUGAUGACCGAGUCCCAACACCUCCUGUUCGAGGAGUGGCCUCUUCACCUGCCAUCUCAUUUGGACAACAGUCUACUGCAACUCUAACACCCUCCCCUCGUGAAGAGAUGCAACCGAUGCUUCAGGCUCACCUGGAUGAGCUGACCAGAGCCUAUCAGUUUGAUAUAACAAAGCAAGCAUGGCACAUGCAAAGCAAUACCCAACCUCCUCAGCCCCCAGUUCCACCAUUAGGUUAUGUUUCUGGAACCCUGAUUUCAGAUUUGGAGACGGAUAUUCCAGAUGAUGAUGAUGAUGACGAUGAGGAGGAGGAGGAAGAGGAAGAGGAGGAAGAAGCAUUAGAAAUUACUAGGCCACUGAGAGGUCAAGAGCAGACUCCAGGAUCCAGUAUGGACAAUCUAGACAGUUCUGUGACAGGCAAAGCAUUCUCUUCUUCUCAAAGACCCCGACCAACCAGUCCCUUUUCUACUGACAGUAACACCAGUACAGCGCUGAAUCACAGUCAGAGGCCUAGGCCCACUAAAAAACACAAGGGAGGUAAAUUGGACCAACCACCAUUGCCUCAUCGCAGGGAAGGAAUGACAGAUGAGGAGGCACUGGUACCCUACAGCAAGCCCAGCUUCCCAUCACCGGGUGGACACAGCUCAUCAGGAACAGCUUCUUCGAAAGGAUCAACUGGACCUAGAAAAGGCGAGGUCUUGCGAGGGAGUCACCAACGCAAUGCCAGUGACCUUCUUGACAUAGGCUAUAUGGGCUCCAGUAGUCAAGGACAGUUUACAGGUGAAUUAUUAGUUGAGAAGAGAAUUGCAAAGCUGCUCUGAAGGACCAUCAGGUCUGAACUCAUGGAAGUGAUGACACUAAACAGUGCAAUGAACAAUUUCUUUAUUUAUGUACUAUUAAAAGAACUGUAAAUGCAAUGUAAAGACACACAGCCACACAUAUCCCACAGAUAUUUUACUUGUAUUCUCUUAAAGACACCAUCCACCUUAACUAUUUCUUGUCAGGAGUAUAUAGAAAAGAAAGAAAAAAAAUCACCCUCCAGGAUGAAAAGGAUUUUCCUCUGUAUAUAAUUUCUUUUGUUGCAUUGCUAUGCAAGCUCACUCUCUUUUUAGCUAUGUUCAUAUUACUGUCUGUUCCUAUUAGUCUGUUGUACUAUAUGUGAAUUAAUAGGCUGUGGUGCCAUAUAUUAACUUUUAAUUGUGUAACUUUUAUGUUUAAAGUUUGCACUGCAAUUUUAUUUGGUGAUAAGCACAAAUCUCUACUCCUCAUGACAUGAAGAAAAAAGACUGAAUGUGAAGGGAGUUUAUUGUACUGUAAGCUAUGUUGAGUAAUACAGGAUGUAACUGAUUAUGUUAUAUGGUUUUCCAUUGGGAUGUAGGAAUAUAUAGAAGAUGAAAAGGAAAAUUGAUGUUAGCAAAGGUUUAUUUGAACAUCAGGGACUAAUUCAAUAAAAAAGCAAGAUGGCUGCUUUUACUGUUUUAAAGAGUGUAUGGGGUUCAAAAGAAAGGUGUUCAAAAAGAAAGGAAUGAAUAUGUAUAAAAUAUGCAGAUAGGUACGAUUUACUAAAAUUGAUGAAAAAAAAUACGGUUACCUGGAGUAUCAGUUUUUACCUGCCCAAAUAUGACUGAACAAUAUGUGAUUUAAUAUAACCAAAAGAAACUAAGGUGUUUCACUAAAGCUGUAUUCAUAUUACAGUUUUAAAGCAUUUUAUGAAUUGCCAUAAUUAAUCUCUCCAACCCAUUAAGUCAAAAUAUGAUGUGAAGUUCCCCAAGGAAGCAAAUAAUAUAAAGUCUAGAAUAUCUAGCAGGUAGUUAAAGAUGUAAUUUAUCACUAGAUCAUACUCAGGCUUCUUCCAAAUAUGAACUAUGUUACAAUAUCUUGUUUCAUCUUUAUAAUACAUACACAGUACACUAGAGGAUAGAGCUGCAUCACUGAAUUUCCUAACUUUUUUACAAUACAAUUUACAUAAGACUAUGUUUUAUUUAAUUAAGAAGUAAAAUUUAUUCCACCAAACUUGUAGUCAGAUUAUAAGUGCUUGAAAAGCAGUGCUAAGAGUAUGUUUAUUUCAUGGUAAGUAGAUGUCUUGAAAUAAAACUAAACAUUUUCAAAAAUUGGCUAUCGACCAAAAAAUAUAGUUGACCCACUUUUAUGAGUGAAUUUAAAAACAGAGAUUAACAGGAAAACUGUGCAUGUUUAUAUGCUUUUUGGAUAAAACCAAACCUUGUAAGUGGACAUUAAUAACAACAUUCUGCUUCAUCAUUUGUUUUCAUGACUCAAAAUUAUAUUUUUCUGCAACUCAAAUAUGAAGAAAAUUAUUAAUUUUUAAAAUAUUUAUUAGUUGUCCUAAGUAUAUUAAACACAAUCAAAGCAAAGCUCUCUUGAAAUUCCCAGUUUUAAAGUUUGCCCACCUGGCACAUUCACCUAUUUAGAAUCUGCUUAUGUCUAUCCUUUCUCAUUACUCCCCAAGAGGAUUUACUGUUCCUUUCAAUAAAGUUUGGCACCAGCUCUGCAACAAGAAGGCCUUUUAAGGGCACACUUAAAUAUGUCAUUGGCUCGAUUUCCCCACUUCCACUUCUCAUUGUAUUAGCAGAGUAGUUGGCAUUGUCAAAUUUAUUUCUUCCCUUUACUUUUCCUAAACCCGUACGAACAUUAGCAAACCUAAGGAACCAAACUGUGCUUUGGGGGCUGAAGAAACAUCUAUUCUUCAUUCCAUGCCAGUGACUCCACGAUGGGCAAUAGAGUUCAGGUUCACUUUUGGCCAUACCCACGUCACCCUACCCAGAUUGUUUUCUAACAUCGGUGUCUGCAACUUGAACGAGCUUUGUUUUCCUUCAGAUAUGAUAGAGUAUCUGAUGAAAGUGUGAGCACUGUGUUGGGAAUGGUAACAUGAACAUGCAGAAACCUGAAGGCAGAGGGAUUUCAGACCGUGGUAUUUGCAAUGCCAAAUGGGAGUGUCUUCAACCACUCAAAACUUGCCACCUCAGAGCUCGGUUCGUAUCUCUGAGUAGUGCAUUAUUUCAGUCAAAUGCAUGUAACCUAUUGACAGUAGCUGCUAAAACACUCUUAGCUGCUUGGUUCACAUAAAUUUAGGGGUUUGGGCAGGAAGUGAGUGGUUAUUAUGACUGGAUGUAUAAGUUUAUACAGUAUACUUAGCUGAACGCCUUAUCAGAAUGGUAUGUGUUCCUUGUUAUCCCCACAUCUAGGUAAAUUGAUCUUAAAUUCCUUACAAAAUGAAGAGUGCAUUUUACCAAGAUAUGGCCUACAUACGUACAUACAGUAAUACUAUAGUUAUCAAAUGGAAUUCAGCAAUAAUCUAAAAAAAAAUAAAAAAUCAUUAUUCAUCUUGCUAACUAUAAGAAGUCAAAUAGGAUGUAAGCCAAGACAUGAAAUCAAAUGUAUAAACAUUCAUUACUAACUGCAAAGUCUACCUUUCCUUGUUGACUGUAUUAGUAUAGUUUUCAUUUAUACCCAGUUCUCUAUUCCAUAAGUCACAGAGCAAGUCCAUGUAAAUCUAUAAAUCGAAGGCCUCCACAGGUUUCUGUGGAUGUAGGGAGUGUCAUCCCACUUUGCAGUCAAGGAUAAUGCUACCUCAUGGCCACUUCUGCAUAAGCACAAUACUAUUUAGUUUGAAGAACUCCUUUUUUAUGCAAUGCCUGUGACUGUCAGAGCAAAUGCUCAUCUCUGGCUCUGUUUUUAUGUUAUGGAUAUGGUACUUCUGUUCUAAAUCUUUUUUAUUCCAUUUUAAAGUAGACAUAGAAUAGCAUUGGUGCCAACACAAUGAGCUACGUGAAAUCACUACAUUGAUUAUGAGUCCAACUCAAGAAGAGAAUGAAAGUAGAAAGCAUAGAAAGGCAAUUGAGUUCAACAUUGGUGUACUAAAAUUAAAUAAGAGACCAGAAAAAUAAAAGCAUUAGACUUUCACUCACUUUCAUAUUAUAUGGUCAAGACCCACCCAUAGAAAUGUUAUAAUAAUAAUCUGGUAGAGGAGGGAAGUUGGAUCAGAUGACCUCCAUAGUCCCUCCAAACUGUAUGAUUCUAUUAAAUUUAUUAAUAUAUAACUUCAUAUUUUAUCAUUCUAAGAAUUUUAAUUAGUUUUCAAUGGGUGUUGAGUUAAAGUUUAUGUUUAGCUUUGGUGGAACACCUUACUCACAAUUUCUGUCUAAAAAUUUCUACUAUUAUCCCUUGACAACAUAAUCAUAACCAUCCCAAUUAAUUUCAGAUACGUGAUUUAUCUGCUCCAAUGGGAAGUGAUUGUGUGUGUCAGUAUUGAAGUUGUACAGGACCAUGGUAUUCACUAACUUGUUCAUCUGCCUCUAUAUUUUGCUUCUGAAAUUACAUGACAAGAAUUCGGUAUAUAUAACAUGUUAUAACAACCUUACAUGAAGUGUACUAUUUUCUUUUUACAUACUUGUACUUCAAACAAACCAUACUGCAAUUCCAAUAUGGUUUGAUUUAAUAUUGCUUUUUUUUAAUUUCAUUUUGAUCCAAGCCAUUGAUUGUGAAUUUAUCAUGUUUUAAAAUGGGGGGUGUUGUGGCAGCACUUAGACUUUUUUAUAUUUGUUUUUCUAGAUUUAUUUUUGUCGGUAGUUUGUUCAAGUCACCAAAAAUUUCCCAACUAUUAAUGUGUUACAUUGGUAUUGUUAGUACAGCAGUUAAAUUGGCAUAAGAAGUUGGUUACUAGUACUGUCAAAAAAUUGUGUAUUGUAUAUUUACUGGGGAAAAAUAAAACAUUCA